ACCCAAACCCGAUCACUCCUACUGAUUCCCUUCGCAAUCCUCCCUACAUUCAGAGCACGCAAAUCACACUAGAUUCUAGCUACGCGCAUCUAGCAGCUCGGGACGUUCCCAUCAAUGGCGGUGUCCAGGAGGCUCGCGGCGACGGCGCUGCUGGUGCUGCUCGCGCUGGCGGCGUCCGCUGCCGCCAAGACGACGCGGGAGGCCGCCGAGGCGAAGACGACGCAGGACGGCGCGGAGGUGGCGCCGGGCAAGGAGGAAGAGUCGUGGGCGGGGUGGGCCAAGGACAAGAUCUCCGAGGGGCUCGGCCUGGACAAGAUCUCCGAGGGGCUCGGGCUCAAGCACCACGCCGACGAGGAGGAGGCCGCGCGCAAGGCCGGGCACACCGUCAAGUCCGCCCGCGAGACCGCCCAGCACGCCGCCUCCGAGACGGGGAGGCAGGCUAGCGGCAAGGCUUCGGACGCCAAGGAGGCGGCGGAGCAGGCCGCGACCGGGGCGGCCAACAAGGCGGGGCAGGCAAAGGACAAGGCGGCGGAGACGGUGAAGGGCACGGCCGGCGAGGCGUCCAAGAAGGCGGAGCAGGCUAAGCACAAGACUAAGGAGGCCACGGAGGCGGCCGCCAAGACUGGCGCCGAGACGCACGAGCGGUCGAAGCAGGGGAAGGCCAAGGUUGAAGAGACGGCGAAGGAGAAGGCCGGACAGGGGUACGAGACGCUGAAGCAAACCAAGGACGCGGCAUCAGAGAAGGCCGGCGCCGCCAAGGACACCGCCGCAGAGAAGGCAGCAGCAGCCAAGGAGAAAGCCGGCGGCGCCACGCAGACGGCCGCGGAGAAGGCAGCGGCAGCGAAGGACGCAGCUGCCAAGAAGGCCGGCGGCGCCACGCAGACGGCCGCGGAGAAGGCAGCGGCAGCGAAGGACGCAGCUGCCAAGAAGGCCGGCGGCGCCACGCAGACAGCCGCGGAGAAGGCAGCGGCAGCGAAGGAUGCCGCAGCCGAUAAGGCCAAGGCCGCGAAGGACGCGGCGUGGGAGAAGACGGAGUCUGCCAAGGACGCCACAUGGCAGGCGCAGGAGAAGCUCAAGCAAUACAACGACGUCGCGUCGGAGAAGGCCGGGAACGUGAAGGACGCCGCUGCGGAGAAAGCCGGCACCGCCAAGCAGGCGACCGCAGAGAAGGCAGCGGCAGCCAAGGAUACGGCCGCCGAGAAGGCCGCGGCCGCGAAGGACGCCGCGUGGAAGAACGCCGAGGCGGCGAAGAGCACCGUCAGUGAGAAGGCAGGAGCGGCCAAGGACGCCACGUUGGAGAAGACGGCGUCGGCGAAGGACGCCGCGUGGGAGACGGCGGAGGCGGCCAAGGACACGGCCUGGGAGACAGCGGAGGCGGCCAAGGGGAAGGCCAACGAGGGGUACGAGAAGGUGAAGGAGAAGGUCGGAGAGGUGAAGGACAAGGUCACCGGCGCGGCAGCCGACGGCAAGGCAAAGAAGCAACGCAAGGAAGACGAGCUGUGAAUGAGCACGAUCCAUCCUCAUUUCCUGCCAUAGCUUUUCUUCCAUGAAUGUUUUUCAGUGUUGGACUAGUAUUUUUUCUCUCUUAUGUUCCUAUUGUACAAUAAUGUGACCCAUCUGUAGAGAACCUUUGCACGAUAUCGAACAAGUUUCUUCUUCAAA